AAGGUUUCAAGCCAAAGUCCACCUGCUUAUUUCCUGGGCUGUUAUAUUCUGCAUUACCGGUUCUAGUGUAGCUAUGACUGCUCGGAGCAGAGGAGCUUGUUUGGUUACAUGAUCACACCUUCUCACUUUAGUCUCGUACAGUGGACAGGAAUGCAGCAUGGUGUAUCUGCAGAGAGAAAGCUUUGGGUUUCCAACUGAUUUUUGCUUAAAACCAGACCUGAAGUCGUAACACCAAGGGACACCAAGAGGCAUACCGCUACAAUUCCCAACAUCUUGGAGCGCACAACCUCUGUAAGGCAGUAGAAAGCAUGGACAUUAAAGGAUCAGAGAAGAAGGAGGGAGAAGUACAGAAAAGGUCUCCAUUUGAUCUGAUAUUUAGUCAGAUACAAAGAAAAAAGUCAGAUAAAGAAAAGAGCGACAUAUUCCAAGUAAAGCGAUUCUUCAAGGCAUUCGAUAAAGAGCCUACAAAGACAACGAAUGAAAAGAAUGAAGAAGCCUCUGAGAACAAGCCUGUACCUGGGGAUAAUGAGGUCUACGGAAAAGGAAAUGAAGAGACCAGUCCUGAAGAAGAGGACGAGCUGGAUUCGGAAACAUCUGGAUGGUGGAAGGUAAAGCAGUUUAUGGAGAAGUUUGGUAAAAAAGCAGAAAUUCACUUUAUAAAUCUGAAUAACUGUGGUCUGACAGCUGCUGGCAUAAAAGAGCUGGGUUCAUUGAUGUCAUUUCUCCCAGAUGUUGAAGAAAUCGAUCUUUCUUGGAAUGAGUUGGUUGGUGGAGCUAUGAUGAUGCUCACCCCACACCUCUGCCAUGUCAGUAGACUGAGAAUAUUGAACUUAAGUAACUGUGGUCUAACAGCGGAUGAUGCUGGUGCUUUAGGAGAAGCACUACAACAUAUUCCUAAUUUGCAAGUCCUGGAUUUAUCAUGGAACAAUCAUCUUGGAGGAGCCUUAUCCAGACUCACCCAGCACUUCUCAAGCAAUUGUGAAUUAAAAUCAUUAAAUUUAACAGAGUGUAGCCUUAAAGCAGAGGAUGGUGAUUCCCUAGCAAGGGCAUUUAGCAAGAUGGCAAGAAUGGAAGUUUUGGAACUUUCAGAAAACAAGGAGCUUGGAAGUGCAAUGAAGAACAUUACUGAAGAACUAAAAAACUGCUCCUGCUUGUGUGUUUUAAAACUGUGCUCUACUGGCCUAGGGCAGGACAGCAUCAAGUAUCUGAGUUCUGCAUUUCAGUAUUGGCCUUACUUGAGAAAAUUGGAUCUAUCAUGCAAUAAGGCAACAGGGGGUGGAUUCCGUGAGGCUGCGGCUCGUCUGACGGCCUUCAAACGACUGGAACUACUAGACAUUCAUCAAUGCUGCUUUUCCAAGGAUGAUGUUACAGCACUGACCCAGGUCAUACCUCUUCUUUCCAACCUUCAGACUUUGGAUCUGUCAUCCAACAAAAGCAUAGGACUUACUUCUGAACAUCUAUUCAGCCGACUACGUUUUUUGCCUAAAUUAAAAUCCGUGAAUAUCAGCAAUUGCACAUUAAAGAAAGAAUCCUUCGCAGGACUGGCUGAAGCCUCGCAUUAUCUGAUGGACCUUCAGAUGCUGGACCUUUCCUGGAAUAAAUGUGUUGGAGGAAACCUGAAACUGCUUUCAGAAACUCUGAAGAAUGCAACGGGUCUACAAAGCCUCCUUCUGAGCAGCUGCAAUUUGGUGGCACAGGACCUGGCAGCUCUAGCAUCAGCAGCACAAAAUGGUCAUCUGGAAAGACUGGAGCAGCUGGACAUUGCCUACAAUGACACAGUGCCUGAUGAGGGGUGGUCUCUGUUCUUUGAAAGUCUGCCCGCCCUGAAGAACAUUGUUGAAUUAGAUAUUAGCCUGAGACCUGCUUCCUCUCGUGAAUGUGGACCAUGGUUCAUUCAUUUGCUAUCCAACGUGGUUAAGCUACCAAAGCUGAAGGAACUGGGAAUGCAACGCUGGGCGCUGUCUACAGCCGAGCGUCAGCAGCUGAGCCGUAUACAAAUGGAGGUUAAGAUCAAUAUACACCAGGACUAAUCUUUCACAUAUACAUGGACAUCAUGAGUUUCAAAAGCUUUAGUGGGAACGACCUUUAAAUGGGUUGCCCCGCUUCAGCGAAUGGCAUUUAUCAUAUACAGAAGGUUAAUACAAGGCACUUACUAAUGUAUUGUGAUUGUCCAUAUUACUUCCUUUGCUGGCUUGAUUCAUUUUUCC